GAUAACAGUCCAACAGUUGGAUCGGGACCACCUCCAAAAAAAAAAAAAAAAAAACUCCCCACGCGACUGAAACCGCCUUUUUUUUGUUUUACUUAACGGAUACUGCAAAUGUUUUUGUACUGGCAAACGCUGGAAAAGAGCUGAACUUUUGUCCAAAAUAUAGAUCGCGGGAGUGAACGGCAUACCAGCCAGCAUGAGUGUCCCUCUGUACGCGCCGACUGCCAUCCAACAAGCUCACCCGACUCCUUUCUACAUAGAAGACAUUCUAGGGAGGACCGAUCACACCACCGGCAACUCUUCAUCUUCUUCUCCCUCUACCUCCACCGCCUCGUCAUGCGCAUCCACUCCGGUCAUCCCGACACCGACUUUCCCGUCGCCUAACUCCUCCUUUACAAACUUCAUCUCACCUUACCGGACGCCAAUUUACGAACCGACUCCGAUUCAUCCGGUUCUGUCACACCACCACGCGACCGCAGCUUUCGCGGCCUGCACGUACGCCUCCGCUGGAGCUUUCGCAGGCUCCGUGUAUCCUUUUCACCAUCAACAGCACCACCGAGCACUGGGGGAGUACGCGCAUACCCUGCUAAGACACGACCCUUUCGGGAAACCUCUGCUGUGGACCCCCUCCAUCCAGCGGCCCUUACAUAAGCGAAAAGGCGGUCAGGUCCGUUUCUCGAACGACCAAACCAUCGAAUUGGAGAAGAAAUUCGAGACCCAGAAGUACCUUUCGCCCCCGGAGAGGAAACGACUUGCCAAGAUGUUGCAGCUAAGCGAACGGCAGGUGAAAACCUGGUUUCAAAAUCGACGUGCAAAAUGGCGAAGACUCAAACAGGAAAAUCCACAAGGAGGUAAGCAGGAGGAGGACGCCAGUGAUGCGGCAGGGAGGAAGGACAAAGGAGACGGGACGUCCGAACAGUCCGGGGUCCUGUGCACAGAGCAGACACGGACGGUGGCGGACUCCCACGUGGUUGAAGCGGGCGACAGGGGGCGAGCCAUGUCGCCACAACAAUCCUUCGCGGAACCGGAAUGGAGCCUUUCAGACGACACAGACCUGGAGCUGGACAUAGAGGAGGACAAUGAGUUCACACUGACCCAUCAGCUCUGAGGCGGGUGAAGAUACAAUGGACCGGUCCCACACAUUCGC